GCGAGUGAGACCAACACCUCGGUUAGCGGAUUUAUAUAGACCAAUACAUAGUUUCCGACGUAGACUGGAGUGCACACACACACGAGCUCCGCAAACCAGAUACACAUAUUCAGAUAGACUUUCAGGAUGUCGAGUGUGCCGCUGACGCCAAGAACCCCUCGUGGGAAAUUAAGCAGCCGUAACGUUGCCACCCCCAAAUCGUUGAAGAAGAAGACCAUUUUGAACUUCGACCCCAACCUGUCCUACAUGGAGGAGGACGACUACUCGUACGUUGUGGGCGAGAGUGCCGACGAGGAUAGUGACGAUGAUAGUGCUGAUGAAUUGGAUGACGACGAAGAUGCCGAUCUUCUUGAAGAGGUCAAGGAGGAGGAAGAAAAUGGUGACCUGGAGGAAAACGGGUCUGUACACAAGCAUCAACAACAAUCCACCACCGCGGCAGAACGGGCGUUGUUCGAAGACGAAGACGACAGCGCGAAGGGUAGUGCCGAACCGGAAGUACAGGCCACCACCGCGACCAGCCUGGACAGCCGCGCGGGCCAAUCCAAAUUGAGACAGUUUCUUGUCAAACAUGAGGUGCUCCGUAAAUCAUUACAUCUGUCCAUCGGGGUGUUCACCAUGUGGCUCUACACCCUUGGCGUACACCAGACCCAGAUCAUUGCACCUCUCGUGACACUUUUCGGGAUCAUCUUCACCAACGACUACAUCCGCUUGAGAAACCCUGAACUCAACCAACGGAUCUGCGAACGUUGGUGGUUCCUCAUCAGAGAAAGUGAGGUCAACCUGUACAACGGGACCUUGUAUUUCCUUGUUGGGUUGGUCAUUGUGUUCAGCUUGUUCCCCAAGGACAUUUCUCUCAUGAGUGUUCUUUUGUUGAGUUGGGCCGACACCGCCGCUCUGACCGUUGGACGUGCCUACGGUAAAUACACCCCCAAGAUCAGCAAGGGUAAGUCUGUGGCUGGGUCCUUGGCCAGUUUUGCCACUGGUGUGGUCAGCUGCUACGUGUUGUACGGAUACUUUGUCCCACAAUAUCAGCACGUCAACUCGGUGGGUGACAUCAUGUGGACCCCGGAGACCAGCAAGCUCAACUUACACGUGUAUGCUGUGCUCUCGGGUUUGAUUGCCAGUGUUUCGGAAUUUAUUGAUUUGGGUGGACUUGACGAUAACUUCACCAUCCCGGUAUUGAGUGGAGGUUUCCUUUUUGCGGUGGUGAAGAUGUUUAGUGUUUGA